UAUGGCUUCAAGCCUACAGCGGAUCGAACGCCAUUUGGAGGACAAGCUAACUAUCCAUUCCGGAAACUCCAGCUUCCUGGAGUCACCCCUGUUGCUGGGCCAAUGGCAAACUCAGUCGAUGAUCUCAGUUUGUUCAUGGAGACAGUGCUCGGUCGUCGGCCAUGGCAUUAUGACGCAUCUGCAGUCAGCGCACCUUGGAGAAGCUCCCCUGGAAGCAAAAAGAUCUUGACUAUCGGCGUUCUUCCUGAAGACCCGGAAUAUGCCCUACAGCCUCCUGUUCAACGAGCUCUUCAAGAUGCAGUCGCAAAACUGAGUGGUGUCGGGCAUAAGAUCAUUACAUUGCCAGUCAGCCCCGCAUGCAGUGCCAGUGUUGGUGGAAAACUCGGAUUCCAUUACUUUGGGCUAGGAUCUUCCGGUCUGGAUGCUUUGGCAAGUGAGAUUGGUGAACCACUUGUGCAUUCAGUGAAACGAGGCGUUCAUCCUUUCACAAGUUCAAAGCCCCUUAUUCCGAUGGAGUUGGACACAAUACACCAACUAGACGAGUUCCUCAGCUUGCAGACUUCUUAUGCCAAUAGCUGGAGGGACGUUUGGAAAGAGUAUCAACUUGAUGUUAUUAUCGGCCCCGGAGCAAUCAGUACCGCGGUUCCUCAUGAUACCUAUGGCAUCCCUGUCUACACGUUGAUGUGGAAUGUGCUCGAUUACCCAGCAGGGAUGAUACCAUACGGUGUAUCGUCCAGAAACAAAGAUCCCGAUUAUCAAAAAGCAGCCUCAGAGUUUGAAGCGGACUAUGAUCCAGAUGCAACCGACGGCGCCCCAUGUUCGAUUCAAGUUGUUGCUCCCCGGUUCCAUGAUGAAGAGUGUUUGGAAGCGAUGCGAAUCAUUGACAGAGACAUACAGCGUGAAAGUGAGUGA